AUGGCUGAAACAGAAGAUACCACUCAAAACUAAUUCGAAUUAACUUAAGAAAUAGCUGACGAUUUGGCAUAAUUAAUCAAGGAUCCUAAACCUGAAGUUAAAAAGCAAGCACUUGCCAUUCUUAUUUAGUGCUCUAGCAAUCCCGACAACCGUAUUUUGUUUUAAGAAUCAGAUGUUAUUUCAUCUCUUGUGAAGAACAUAGGUGAUUAGCGCUUCACUACUAUUUGUUUGAGUAAUUUGAUUAAUUUUACUCAAGAUGGUGUUUUCUAAAAGCAUUUGAUUGACUUGAAGAGUACUGAUAGAAUAGUUGAAUUGAUUAAGAAUACAAUCACUGAAGUUUUAAAGGAUAACACAGGUAAAAAGGCUCUUAAUGGAGAUGAACAUCUUAGCUAUACUCAACCUUAAAAGCUUGUCUGCGAUUUGUGCUUCCUCCUUCUUUCUAAUAUGACUUAACACGAAGAAGGUAAAGCUGGUCUUUUAUAAUUAGGUGAUGAAAAUAAAGAAGGAUAUAACUUCCGUAUUCUCUAUGAACUUUACUUAAAAGAUACCAUUUAAGAUUUAACUCGUUUCUUCUCAAAUAUUUUGACUAACAUUUCAAGUGAUAUUGAAGCUCGUAAAUACUUGAUUCGUCCUGAAAACGAACUUCCUGAAAAAUGUCUUAAGUAUAUUUUCCACUAAAGCAGAGCUAAGCGUGUAGCUAUUUUGAAAGCAUUUAGAAAUUGCAUGUUUGAAUAUGAGAAUAAGGAAUAUGUUGCCCGUCUCUUUUCAGAAAAUAUUAAGUUUGUUGACACAGUAGCAAAAUAUUUAGCUAACUUUUUGUAUGCAGCUAAUCACUUAAAUGCAAACGAAAAAGAUAAAUAAUUCUUAGAAUUAAUAAUGAGUGAUUAUGAUAUGAAAAAAGAUGCAAUUAAAUUCACUCUUGAUAAGGAAAAAGUAAGCAGAUAAUAAGAAUUAGAAGAGUUAUUAACUGCUUUGGAUUUGUUUUUAACUUUGACAAAUGUUGAUUUCAAUGAAACUAAUCCAAACUACUAAUAAAAAGCUCUUCAAAAUCUCAUAGCUUACAUGUCUGGUUUAAAUAUUGGCUAAGACGGUAGGGAGAAGGUUGAAGUCAUGCAAAUGGUUUACUGA